UCUAAACACCGCCUGUCCGGCUCCCCGCACAUCAACAAACGCGCUUUCCGCGGCAGGAAGGGAAGCAAGAGAUACACGGAACAUUUAUUACUGUCAACAGAAAGCUCGGUAAAGUUACGAGUUUGUGGAUAAGACGGUUUAAAUAAAUAAAAAAGGACAAAGAGCCCGUCGCAUCCAGGUUUCCUCAGCAGACUUUGGAGAACAGAGCAGCUGUCCCCGGACUGUCCACGGCACCGUGCACGUCUGAUGGAACAGAGAGACGAAGAGAGAAUGAAGAUCCGCUCACCAGUGUGAGUUCCUGGGAUGCUUGACCGACCUGUACCCCAUGCUUUUCUAAGGCCUCCAGAAGCUAAAGACAGGGUGUCAUUGACAGAGCGAGUGACCCCUCUGAGCUGCCACCAUGGCCCUGGUUCAGGCUCUGCCCAUAUCUGCUGAGCCCCGCAACCCAGGCCACAGCGGAGGAGCCCGCAGGAGAUACCCCUCCGGCUCUUCACCUCCAAUCAACGCGCCACCUUCCACUCUGGAUCCUAUGGGUUCUGUCAGCAGCCUCAUUGCAACCCGCCCCGGCCCCUACCAGGACCACCGUUCUGGUGUCGAGCUGGGAGCCAGGGUCCGACGGCCCACGCCAGGCGCCUCCUGCCUGGGCUCUGAGUCGCCCCAGGACCCCUUGCUGCAGAGCAACCCACCACUCAAGAAACAGAGCUCCACAUCGUCCAACAGGGGGCUGGAGAAGGAGAGUGGGAACGGGAACUAUACCUAUUUGAAUGAGGACUACGUAGGUGACUGGAAUGACAACCACGUAACACCUGGCAGCCCAGGAAGUGACGCAGACGAGAUUAAAGAAGGGUUAGGAAUGAAUGGGAAUAUGGGAGGACCUCCUCCAAAACUGAUCCCUGUGUCAGGAAAACUUGAGAGGAACAUGGAGAAAACAGUGCUGCGGCCCACUGCCUUCAAACCCGUCAUUCCCAAGAGCCGUACCUCCAUGCAGUACCUCUCCCCUCGCCACUGUGCCAACGUACCAGAAAGCCAAAACAACCUGAACUUGCUCAGCCCCACUCACAGAGAGGUGUCGCCCUCCUGCACUGAGAAAUGCAACUUGUACAGUAGGGCCCGCAAUAGCGGCGGCGGCAGCGGCCACUCCUGUCAGCUGUCCGACUCUGGACGCAACUCCCUUGCCAGCCUCCCACCUUACAGCAACGCCGGCUACAGUCAGGCGUCAGGAGAGGCGUCCGCCGGCCACCUGGAGCCCAUGAAGAGCGCCCCGCCUGUCAGUGGACAUGGACACUCCAACUCAGACAGCGGGCGCUCAUCUUCCAGUAAGAGUACCGGCUCCGGAUCGAUAAGUGGCCGUGGACAACCUCUGUCUGACAGCGGGUCAAGCGGGCGCUCCCCAGGCCCCGUGGAGGGUUAUGAGGGGGUGGUGAGGGAUCUGGAGGACAAGCUGAGGGAGAGAGAGCUGGAGCUGCAGCAACUCAGAGACAACCUGGAUGAGAAUGAAGCUGCAAUUUGUCAGGUUUACGAGGAGAAGCACAAGCGCUUCGAACUGGAGCUGGAGGAGCUGAGACAGGGCUGUGCCACCAGGAUGCAGGUAGCCUCACAGAAGGCCCAGCGUGCACAGCAGGUGCUUCAGUUGCAGGUGUACCAGCUCCAGCAGGAGAAGAAGAAGCUGCAGGAGGACUUUGCUCAGCUCCUGAAGGAGAGGGAGCAGCUAGAGGAGCGCUGCACCUCCUACGAGCACGAGAAGAUCCAGCUGGGGCCGCGGCUGGAGGAGAGCAAGUGGGAGGUCUGCCAGAAGUCGGGGGAAAUCUCGUUGCUGAAGCAGCAGAUGAAGGAGGUGCAGGGAGAGUUAGCCCAGCGAGUAGGAGAGAUCGUUUCACUGCGUGGUCAACUCAGAGAGACUCGUGGCGAGCUGACAAACACCCAGGUCUUGCUCCAGGAGGCUCACGGCACAACACGCACACGAACCCUGGAGCUGGAGGUGUGUGAGAAUGAGCUCCAGCGUCGCAAGAGCGAAGCGGAGCUACUCAGAGAAAAGGUCGGACGCCUUGAGGCAGAGCUGACUCAUCUUAGAGAGGCUUUGGCCAAUCAGGGUCCAGGAAACAGACAGUGUCAGGUGUUCCAGGAAGCAGAGGAGCACCUGCUCGCCUAUGAGAGCGAUGAGGCGAAGGCCCAGCGGCAGAGCAGCACCGAGGCCCUGCAGAACAUGAAGGCGCAGAUGGACAGGAUGAGGGCCGAGCUGACCUAUGAGCGUCAGCGGGCUGAGCAGCAAACGGGAAGCUUCGAGGAGGAGCGCAGGAUAUGGCAGGAGGAGAAGGACAAAGUUAUCCGCUACCAGAAACAGCUGCAGGAGAACUACGUGCAGAUGUACCGCAGGAACCGAGAGCUGGAGCAGCUCCUUCAGGAGCUCAGUCAGGAACUGGAGAGCAGAGAGGAGGACGAGGGCAGCGGCAACGAGAUCAACUUCGAUGAGAUCGCUGCCACGGAAAUUUGACACUUCUCUCCAUCUUUUGAUUUGCACUACUGUCAGCUAAAGGUUUUUUUUCCACCUACAUGUCACAGAUUUGAUCUCUUGUGCUGUCUAGAUGGAAACAUAUUCGGUCUAAGAUUGCAAUCAGAUUGGUAUAACAAAUGUAAAAAAAGAAAAGAAAAAAGAAGCCAUCUGCAGUGUAAAAUCAGCCACACUUUAGUUCUGCCUCAUUGGUCUAUUCUCCAAGGAGUCCCACUUGAAAGCCAGUGACCGCUAUUAGUGUUUAGUAGGCCACCUCAGUCCUCUGCCCCUCCAUUAAUGUCUGUGUUAGUGUUUGCACUAACUAACUAGACAUCCCCGGCACUCUUCACCAGUUUUUUUUUAAGGCAUUUGUGGGAGACUUUGACGUGUAUGAGUAACUUCUCCCAACCUUUUAACUAUCCUCUCGUGUUGGUGGUGACUCUACCUUCCCUGCUGGGUUUAGCACUACACACCCACUCUGUGUUAGCAGUCAGCUCUCAUUAGUACAGUUAAUUUGGAUGGAGCCCACGCUGUUGUCAGUUGACAGUAAACGUGGGAUACCACACAUUCAGCAUGUCAUGAUAUGAGUGAGUGAAUCAGAGCGAGGUGCUAGUGACGGUGGCUGCACUCUGGGUGAUGUGAAGAGAAUUAUGUUGUCAUUUUUUUUCUCAAAACCACUCAAGCCUUUAUGUAAAUUACAUCAUGACCAACAAGUAAACAGUAGAUGUUUCCAGAAUAUGUCUACUUAAAAACAACAUGAAUCUAAUGUUCCAACUAUAUAUGGCACAAAUUAGUUGUUUUUCUAACUGUGUAAGCAGACAGAAUUGGUUCCUGGUCCAGUAUGAGGCUAUGCUUCUCAUCUCCUGAACAAUUUACUCUCAAUGUUGGAUAUAAUAUAAUGAACAUCUGUACAGUCUUAUGUAAUUAAACACAAUAACAUCUGGAACAAAACACCUUACAUUCAGUGCACAUGUCAGCUUUUCUCUGCACACUCAGUGGGUCUGAAACACCUUCAAAAGAAGCUCUGUCGACCUAUCGUCUGACGUCAGAAGAAUGGAUUAAAUCACUUCUCCUGUAGUGUAGGAGAUAAUAGAUCAAAUCUUCUACCACGGUGUACGUGAAGUAAUUAUAUACUCAAAUAUCGAUAUACUAUAUAUCAUUACAUUGUAAAUCAGGAAAAUCAAUGGGUCUUUUUCACAGCAGACAUGUUGGCUUGUCAUAUCAGGAAAAACAUUACACAGGUGUAAUUAAUAAUAUUAGUUACGACUGCAUUCCACAACCAGGAAUCCAGUGAGACCCAGUUCCAGGUUUCUGAUAUCGGGAAUAAUAAACAGUGUUGUGAGUCAGGGGGAGGUCAGAAUCAGUUUUUUGGACUUGAGAUAUUGAAAGGGAUAGAACAGUAUAAACCCUAUGACAGAAUUGGUGAUGGCUGACACAUUUAAAUUGUCUAAUGGUAUACCGUAUGUCCUUGUAUCACCCAUUCCUGCGGUCUUAAACGUCCAGUGUGUAGACUUUAGUGGCAUCUAGACAUGGAGAAACUAUGCUGGCCAUGAAAUGCACGGAAAAACACAUUCUGGACUACUGUAGAAAACAUGGUGGUUCAACAUGACGGCCUCCAUGUAAGGCGGCCCAUAACAAUUCUUAUUUUCAGGGAAUUACAUACAUUACACAUAUUUUAUUCUAUUUCUGCCAGUAGAUCCUUCUAAAUGUUACACACUGGACCAUUAAAUCCAGACCUAAUAACGCCUAACAAUCAGUGUGCUAAUACUUUUCCAGUCAAAGAAAUAUACAUACAGUUGAGAAAACUGUGUCACGGUACUAAAGCACACCCACAAUGGCUCUUCUUGUAUCUCAUAAUCGGAUAGUAAUUACUUUACUACUUCCCUCUCUAAGAGGUGAUAAAAGAUUGAUUACUGUGUGUGGGUGAUGUGUUACUAAGAUUUACUGAAUGGAAAUCGUGCACUGGAUGCUGGGUGUUUUGGUAUAAACUAUUUUGACCAUGGCCUACUGUUUUUCCACCAACCUUUCCAGUGAAGGAUCUGUUUCGUUUGCAUUUACUUCCUCGUACAACAGAACCAAGAGAAGAAGGCAUUCUUUGUUCCUCUGUUACUGCUGAUUGAAUCAUCGUCCUCUGUAAAUAGUCCUGACAAAUCAUAAAGUUUUUCUUCCAGAGAUGUCUGUCCAUCUCAAAAAAUAAAAACAUAGCCACUGUGAAUAGACCAAAGCAAUGUCGCACAUUAUAUUUUGCUCCUACAGAUACGAUGCCUGUAUAUUAAUGUUUGUGUGGAUGUUUGUUCCGGUUCCUCAGUAUAAUUUUAUAAUCCACAAUAUUUGUAUGGAGACAUUAAAUGUAUAUUUUCAUGCUGUACAUUUCUUGAACAAACCUACUAUGUUUUUAAUUAAAAAAGACUAAAUUUAA